GAUAAAAACACACACAGUGAAUGAAUUAUGAUUGCCAUUGGAAUCCAACAAUCUCUCUUGUCGUUUUUCUGUGAAGCGUCAAUCAUAUAUUCUCCUUUGUCAAAUCAACGCCAACCACAGACAACCUUGCCUAAUUGGUGAUUUGGUAACGACCAAAAAUGAUUUUGGACAAGAAAAACAUUGAGGAGACUCAUUACGAGGUUCUCAAUGUCAAGGAGGAUGCAAAUUACGAAGAAAUCCGUGCUAGUUACCGAAGUGCUGCACUCAAUUUACAUCCUGAUAAGCUAUUGAAGACAUCUGAUGCAUCCCGCAGUAACCAAACAACUUCAGAGAGAUUUCUCAAAGUUCACAAGGCAUGGGAAAUUCUAAGCAAUUCAACCUCUCGUUUAAUUUAUGACAAGGAACUAAAAAGUUCGAGGCGGGAGGAUUUCUUGGCUUCUGAAGUUGCAGAAGAGUUAAGGUUACAGGAUAUGACUGUUGAAGAUGCUGGUGAAACAUUGGAAUUGUUUUAUCAGUGUCGAUGUGGUGAUUACUUCUCUGUAGACUCAUUGGAAUUGUAGAAAAUGGGGUAUUCCUUGUUGAGAGAUGGAAACAGCAUCAGCAUUUCUAUACUUAUUGUUGAUACUUCACCAGGAUCAGUGAUUCUUCCUUGUGGAUCUUGUUCGUUGAAAGCUCGUCUUGUACUUAGUAUGGAUAACAAUUGAAAUUAUUCAUAUUUUUGGCAUGAUUGGUGACGAUUACGAUUACUAGCAGUUUUUUUUUAUGAACAUGGCAAAUUACUGAUAGUUGCCCAUGAUUAAAAAAAAUCUCGGGCUGAAACCUGUAAGUGCCGUUUUCAAUCUCGAAUUUUGAAUUUGGAAAUUGAUGAAAUGAUAUUAGCUAGCCUACUCAC